AUGGCGAACUGCAAGAGCAAGAAACCGCCGUUCAUCAACCAGGUCGCAGGUCACUUUGCCGAUAACGAGCUCUACUCCGACAUUGUCCUCCGCUUCAGUGGAGUCGAGAUGCCUGCGCACCGCAUCGUCCUCGCCAGCCAGUCGGGCUGGUUCGCGCAGCAACUGCUGGAAAGCAAUCGUCCGCAGCAAGGCGACGGCACUGCGCUCACGCUCGACCUCGGCGACGACCACGACCACCCGGCGCUGCUGGGCGCGAUGGUCAAGUACAUGUACACGCGCGUCUACCCGAACCUCAUCAACCCGUCGGACCCGGACGAGCCGCAAGCCUACACCUGCCUGCGCCACCUGCGCCUCUACGUGCUCGCCACCGACUACCGCGUGCCCGCCGUGCAGGCCGCCGCCGCCAAGCGCGUCAAGGACUACGUCGAGGAGCUGUUCGCGCGCCAGACCGACCUGCUGACCGACUUCGUACCGUUCCUCUUCGGAGAGGGCCUCGCACCGAAGCCGCUGGUCAAGGACGAACACGGAUUGCGCGCGUUCGUCGCCGAGAAGGCGGCGCUGCAUCACCUGGAGAGGGUCCCUGCGUGCGAGAUGGACAAGUAUGUCAGGGAGUAUCCGCUGUUUGCAGUUGAGUACCUCACUGCUUGCUGGAAUCAGCGCGGCAAGCAGAUCGAGGAGAAGAGCCUGCACGGCAUGUACUGCCCCACUUGUGACUACAGUAUGGAGGUUUCAGUCAACUACAGGGAGCGCAGUACUCGCAAGCACCCGAGAGCUUCCGUCGAGCGCAGCGAUCACAGCAACACUUCCCACAAGACGGAGCGGUCGGACGAGGAGAACCCGAUCAAGGCGUGCCCGAACUGCCAAGGGCCUUUGGAGAAGCUCCCCCUUGUUUGA